AUGUCGGCAGCGGGUCCCAAUGUGGUCGCGGCAGACAGGGACGUGAAGCGCCUGCAGGUGCACAAGAAGACCCGGUUGUGCAAAUUCUUUGUCUUGGGGGCCUGCACACGUGGCUCGACCUGUGCCUUUGCACACGGAUCCGACCAACUACGAGAUCAGCCGGACUUCUCCAAGACCCGGCUGUGCCCGGAUUUCAUCGAAGGUAACUGUGCAGCUGGUCACACCUGCAAGUUUGCCCAUGGAAGGCAGGAGCUGCGACCCGGCUCCGCGGCCAAAGUGGCACCCUGCAAGAGCCCGAGCCGCCCCAACUCAGUGGCCAAAGAGAGCGCGGGCGAAUGCGAAACAGCCGCCCAGCUCCUGCAGACCUUGCACGCGCAGCACACGCUGCACGAGCAGGCAGCGUUAAGACUCAUGCUGGAGUCUGCCGGUGCCAGGGCCCCCGUGAACAUGAGCAAGACCCGGCGCAGCGAACCCAAAGGAAAGGAUGUGGAGACAUUCUCCCAUGAGAGCUUCAGCCGCCAGAGCACUUGGGAAGGCGGGGAGACAGCCUUCAGCCGCGGAUGCUCGGCAGCAAGCGCAGCAAGCGCAGCAAGCGCAGCAAGCGCUUGCGAAGGCGCUUUCCCGGCAACUUCGGCGCCCAGCUUCCCAGACACAUUCUCAGAACUCCCGGAACUCCCGGCGACACUCCCUAUAUGCCCUGUAUUGCACGGAGUGAAGACCCAUGUGAGGAACACAUUCUUGGAGUGCCACGAGGAGUUGCAAGAAGAUCCCCCUCCCCCUGCCAUGCCAAGAGCACAGUCGCUUCCUUCGAUGACAUGCUGGUAG